AGAAUUUCCCGGUUUAAACUUUAGUUCCAAUUGCUAAAUUUUAGCUAAAACUUCGGCUAGUUUUUACAUAGUCUAGCUUAGGCAUGUUUUUAACCUUAAAACUAUCUUUCAAAACAUUGUUUGACUAAAUAUGGUAUGUCUUGUAUAGAAGAAUAAAUUCCAUAUAAUACACAGAUUUUUCUCUUUUUAACAUGGCUUUGAAUCUAGCUUUAUAUCAUAUUUUUUUUUUAGUUUGUUUGUUGGUUUUCUUUAAUAAUUUCAUUGUUCAUUUACAAUAUAUAUAACAGAAAGUAUACGAAAAUAUUUAUCUGCUUUUCAUUUUUAGUUUUUUGUUCAUUCAAAAAUUUGUACUUUUGUAACAGAUAUUCUUUAUGUUGUUGGAAUGUUUUAGAAAGUCAUGUCUACUGAAAACACUAAUGAAGGUUACGAUGAGUUAAAAGGGGAAAAGGACAAAGAAAAUAAAAAAGCAUCACAGAGUAAUCAAAGGGAAGAGACAUUAGACCAUGUAGAUGCUUUAGUUACCAAGACCGCUGAGAGCAAAAUGGAUUUACUGCAGGAUGAUAACGAAAAUAUUCAUGAUAAACAAUGUGAUUCUGAGGCCGCAACAUCUGGUAGCUUGACUGAAAACAAAAUGAAAACCGAUAAUGUUCUGAACAGUAAUGAAUGUGAAGACUGGACUUUAGAAACAAAAUUAAACAGUUUUUUAAAAUGGUGUAAAGAAAAUGACCUCAAGCUUUCUUCAAAGGUUAAAGUGGAUUUUGUCGGUACAAGCCACCGUUAUGGUAUGGUUGCAACCAAAGACAUUAAAAAAGGAGAAACAUUGUUUGUAAUUCCAAGAACAGUCUUGUUACACUCAGAUAAUGGUAAAAUUGCUGACAGAAUAGUUGAUUAUGAAGAUUGGUUAGAUGAUAUUGGAAGAAGCUUAGAUGAUUCAAGUGGUUGGAUACCUUUGCUACUAACAUUAAUGUUUGAAUAUAACAUUAAAAAUUCAUUUUGGGCCCCAUACUUACGGUUGAUGCCAGAAGCAAAAGAAUUUGGGCAUCCCUUGUUUUGGACAACAGAAGAUCAAAUUGCCAAUUUGUCAGGUAUGAGUUUAUUUUACGACAUUCAGCGGGAUAUCAUCAAUAUGGAACACGAGUACAAUCAAUUCGUGCUACCAUUUUUAUGUCGAAACAAAGGUAUUUGUCCGAAUGUCGCUGAUUACAGCUUGGAUUUAUACAAACGUGUAGUUGCAUUUGUAAUGGCAUACAGUUUUACUGAAGGCCCUGGGUCAACCAGCAUGAUACCUAUGGCUGAUAUCCUUAAUCACCACAGCGACAACAAUGCUCAUUUAAUAUUCGAGGAAGAUUGUUUGAAAAUGAAAAGUUUCAAGAAAAUUGAAAAAGGUGAAGAGAUCUUCAACACGUUUGGUAAACUCGAUAAUUCUGCUUUGCUGCAGAUGUAUGGUUAUGUUGAGCCUAACAACCAAUACGAAUCUGUAUCAGUGGCAGUGAUUAGUUUUUUAAAUGUUAUUGGAGCGACAGGAAAGUUAUCUCCCUCAUAUCUUCAAGCAAUGACCGCUUUCCUUGAUAAAACGCUCAUUGCUCCCUCUGACGAUUUUUUUAUAUUUGACAAAAAUGGGAUGAGAAAUGGUCCUGACCUGAUCCAUGCUUUAAAGGUGUGGCACAUGAGCGAGAACGAGUUUGAAGAUAUGGUGAGAGCACGUGCGUGUAAUCGUCCCGAUUCGUUUUAUAAAAAAUUAUUACGCAAACUUAAACUCGCCAAAAAAACUGACGUGUCUUCAGGAGUGGCUGUGAUAGAUAUCACUGAAGAAGAACUGGAAUGUGAGCAAGAAGGCGAGAAAAGAAAAUUUGUCGAGUUGCAAGAAAUCGAAGAAGACGCGGAAGAAGAACAACAGCAAAAUAAGCGUCUUCAUCUGCAAAACAACGGUUGUUGUUAUCAUGAUGUCGGUAUAUCUAGUCACGUCGGUACAUGUAAUAACGUCCUUGAUAAAGCCUGUGGCGGUAUUUUACAUAAUAUACCGAACAAACUGAUGGAUUAUAAUAAUAGACAUCACCAGACUGAUCAUGAUACAAAUUCUCAUGUUGGUAACACUAAAUCGAGUGCUAUUGUUAUAGACGAUGACUCUGAAGAUGAUGUUGAAAAAACACAAUCUGAUAAAAAACAUAUUGAUAAAACUGAUCGUGACGAGAAAGUCGAUAUAAAAGAGAGUAAUAACAAAAUGGAAGUUGAUAUUUUACCGAACAAUAAUUUAAGUUGUAGUGUAAGUAAAACUGAGGAGUUGGUAAAAACAACCGGUAGCGAGAAUAAUUUACCCUUAAAGCAAUGCGAAGAUGGAACUUCUGAAAAUAAAAUUUCAGGUAAUAGUAAAAAUAAUGAACACAGCGAUGAAAGCGCUGAUAAAACUGAGCCCGUCACGAACAAUGUUGACAAUUUGACGGGUGACGAAAAUAUAAAUUGUGCGCAGGGAGAAUUAAAGGAUACAGAAAUCAAUGUCUGUGUAAGUUCAGAAGAGAAAAGUAAUUCCCCACAAGAACAAGACAUAAAAUGCGCAACUAAUUGUGGAGAUAAAACUAUAUCUACUAACACAAAUGUUGCAGAUGAAUCCAGUGAACGUAGUUGUAAGAUAAGUAAAUCUGCUGAACUAAAUACAAAUUCUGAAGCAAGUAAGAAUUCUAUGACUAAUGAACCAAACCUUUGCAAUGGUGCUGAUGUAAGAUCGAGUUGUGUUGGCAAUGAUGCUGGAAAGAAUUCGACUUUUAAAGUAACUGUGAAGGAAACUGCAUUGUGCGCAGAUAAAACAAGUCAUAAUGUGUCAGUUGAAAAUGAAGAAAAAAGUGAAGAUGAAAACGAAGAAUUAUUAGAUAGUGAUGUUGACAGUGAUACAGAUGAAAUUGAAUUUGUAGGCGAAGACAUAACAUGUGCUAUGACGUACGAAAACCUGAACAAAAAGUUACUUCCCGAAUGGAGAGACACUGUUAAAAAAGUACUGGAGAAACAAUUGACUAAUUUGAAUGCUUAUGCGAAAGAUAACAACCCCAAGGAAAGCAUGACACGUGAUCAGUUGAACGCAUACGAAGUUCGCUGUGGUCAGCGGUCAGUUUUAAACACUUUCAUGGCCGCACUUACUUGAGCGCAUAUUUUGUUAUAUCUUCGCGAAAAACAUGGAAAGUGUGACAAAUCGUCGUUUGUAACUGAACUCUAGUGAUCUGGAACACAGCAUGAUAUUACUUUCCAAUUAUAUUUUUUAUUUAUUGAAAACGUCUUCAUUUUA